UAUUCAGCGCCGCUUCACGGAAGGCUGGACGCGCUGGGCGUACGUCCGGUACAUGGGCGCCUACGAGAACGGAAACGGCUUCCGGGCUCCGUUCUUCAUCUCAGAGGCAGAGUUCCGGGCGGUCCGCUACCACAUCAUGGACCAGAAAGGGGGGGCCUCGGAGAAAGGGGAGGGCAAGUACACGCUGCGCCCGUUGCUCGCGCACGAGAGCCCUGCAGGGAUGUUUGGAACCCCCGGUUACUAUCCCAUCCGGACGAGCGGAUCCUCCCCCGCCGUUAGCUUUUAUUCGGAGUACUUCUGCAUGCUGGCAGGAGCGCUUCCCCCCUACCAGAGCUACACCGUCAAGACAAAAUCGGACGCGGGCGGCGCGCUGGUUCCCCGGUCUCCAGCUUCCCAACGAGCUCCAGGCCCUCGCGCGGCCGCACACUCCGCGCGCGAUGCAGGUCUGGGCUAUGAUAGCGUAUGA